AUGAGGAAUACGAGGUCGUAUAUAUAUCUUCUCUUUCUUUCUUUGUUAAAAUACACGGGGGCCAUAGAUUCUGGCAUUGAAGGUCCUGUUAUUGGAAUCGACUUAGGAACAACAUACAGUUGUGUUGGUGUUUUCAAAAAUGGAAGAGUUGAAAUAUUGAAUAAUGAAUUGGGAAAUCGUAUUACUCCAUCGUACGUUUCUUUUGUGGAUGGAGAAAGGAAAGUGGGAGAGGCAGCAAAAUUAGAAGCUACAUUACACCCAACACAAACUGUAUUCGAUGUGAAACGUUUAAUUGGAAGAAAAUUCGAUGAUCAAGAAGUUGUAAGAGAUAGAUCAUUAUUACCAUAUGAAAUAGUAAAUCAGGAAGGAAAGCCAAAUAUAAGAGUUCAGAUAAAAGACAAAAAGACUACUUUUGCACCUGAACAAAUCAGUGCUAUGGUUUUAGAAAAGAUGAAAGAAAUAGCACAAUCAUUUUUAGGGAAAUCUGUAAAGAAUGCUGUUGUAACAGUUCCUGCAUAUUUCAAUGAUGCUCAAAGACAAGCAACAAAAGACGCAGGAACUAUUGCAGGUUUGAACAUUGUACGUAUAAUAAACGAACCAACAGCUGCUGCUUUGGCAUAUGGAUUAGAUAAAAAAGAAGAAACUAGUAUAUUAGUAUACGAUUUAGGUGGUGGUACAUUUGAUGUUUCUAUUCUUGUUAUCGAUAAUGGUGUUUUUGAAGUGUAUGCAACUGCUGGUAAUACACAUUUAGGAGGAGAAGAUUUUGAUCAGAGAGUAAUGGAUUAUUUUAUUAAAAUUUUUAAGAAAAAAACGAAUAUCGAUCUUCGAUCAGAUAAGAAAGCAAUUCAAAAAUUAAGAAAAGAAGUAGAAAUUGCAAAAAGAAAUUUAUCAGUAGUCCAUUCAACUCAAAUAGAAAUUGAAGAUAUUGUAGAAGGACAUAGUUUUUCAGAAACAUUAACUAGAGCAAAAUUUGAAGAAUUAAAUGAUGAUUUAUUCAGAGAAACAUUAGAACCUGUGAAAAAGGUUUUAGAUGAUGCUAAGUAUGAAAAGAGUAAAAUUGAUGAAAUUGUACUAGUUGGUGGUUCUACUCGUAUACCAAAAAUUCAACAAAUUAUUAAAGAAUUUUUUAAUGGAAAAGAACCCAACAGAGGUAUUAAUCCUGAUGAAGCUGUAGCAUAUGGUGCUGCAAUACAAGCCGGUAUUAUAUUAGGUGAAGAAUUACAAGAUGUAGUGCUGUUAGAUGUAACUCCUUUAACUUUAGGUAUUGAAACUGUUGGAGGUAUUAUGACACAACUUAUUAAAAGAAACACUGUUAUUCCAACCAAGAAAUCGCAAACAUUUUCGACGUAUCAAGAUAAUCAACCAGCAGUUCUAAUUCAAGUAUUCGAAGGAGAAAGAGCAUUAACAAAAGAUAAUCACUUGUUGGGAAAAUUUGAAUUGUCUGGAAUUCCACCAGCUCAGAGAGGAGUUCCUAAAAUUGAAGUUACAUUUACAGUUGACAAAAAUGGUAUUUUGCAUGUAGAAGCAGAAGAUAAAGGUACUGGAAAAAGCAAAGGUAUUACGAUUACAAAUGAUAAAGGAAGAUUAUCAAAGGAACAAAUUGAAAAAAUGAUUAAUGAUGCAGAAAAGUUUGCUGAUGAAGAUAAGAAUUUACGAGAAAAAGUAGAAGCAAAAAAUAACCUAGACAAUUAUUUACAAAACAUGAAAGCAACUGUGGAAGAUAAGGACAAAUUAGCUGAUAAAAUUGAAAAAGACGAUAAAAAUGCUAUAUUAAAUGCUGUUAAAGAUGCGGAAAAUUGGUUAAACAACAACUCAAAUGCAGAUGCUGAAGCUUUGAAGCAAAAGUUAAAAGAUGUAGAAGCAGUUUGUCAGCCCAUCAUCGUUAAGUUAUAUGGACAACCAGGAGCUAGUUCACCUCCCCCAAGUGGAGACGAGGAUGUUGAGAGUGAUGAAUUGUAA